AUGGGUAAUGAAAAGAACAAGAAGUCUCGACAAGGGAAACUCGGUGGUGCCAGUUCUGUAGCGAAAAGAAAAGGUGGAGUUGACGACGAAGCUGAUGUACGUAAGAAGAAAAAAAGCAAAACAGAUGUACUCGACAUGGAAGAAGAAGGGGAAAUCAGCGAGGAUGACUGUGGUAUUGUCGGUGACGACGAAGCUGAUGAAGCCCCAGACAAUGAAGAAGUCCCAAACAACGAAGAAGUCCCUGAUGAAGCAAACGGUCAUGGUGGUAUCGAGGAAGAAGGUGGUCGUGAUUUGACUGUCUUCUUCGGAGAAGUAGCGAGGAAUGAUGAUUGUGAGAAUGAUGAAGAUAGUGGGGACGAAUGGUAUUGGGAGCAUGAAAAAGAAGUUCCGGAUCCUCUAUCAUCAGAUGAUGAAAAUGAAGAACAAUCGAUUCCCAGUUUAGCUUACAGAGAAGAUGUGGAUCCAGAGGCAAUGCUUGGGCUGGGAAACACUUUCUCCACUGCUGAAGAAUUCAAGCAUACCCUUCUCAGGUAUACAUUAAAAACCCGACGCAACAUCAAGCUUUACCGGUCCACUGCUUUGAAGUUAGGUGCGAAGUGUGAAGAUGGCUCGUGUCCCUGGAGGGUGUAUUGUUCUUAUGAGAAGAGCAAACAGAAGCUGAUGAUCAAAUGUUAUGUGAAUGAGCACAAGUGUGAGAUAACAGGACACUCAAAGUUUUUGAAGUGUUCUACUAUAGCAAUGCUGUUCGCUGAGAGGCUGAGGUUGAAUCCCAAAAUCACCAAGCAUGAAAUUGCUUCUGAGAUCCAGAGAGAGUAUAGGAUGUUUGUGAGUGUGGAAGCUUGUGGGAAUGCGAAGACAAAGGUUAUGAAAGAAAGAAAAGCAAGCCACGAAGAACACUUCAACAAGAUAUGGGAUUAUCAAGCUGAGAUUUUUCGAACCAACCCUGGCACUACAAUGGAUAUCGAAACCAUCCAUGGGCCGACAGUAGGAAGUCAUCUCUUGGCUGCUGUGGGGCAUGAUGGAGACAAUCGGAUUGUUCCUAUUGCAUGUACAGUAGUAGAAGUGGAGAAUGACACGAAUUGGGACUGGUUUGUGAGACACCUCGCAAAUGACUUGGGCUUAAAAGAUGGCAAAGGCUAUGCUAUAUUGUCUGACAAACAAAAGGGUUUAUUUAAAGCAGUCCAUACCAUUCUUCCAGAGGUUGAGCAUAGACAGUGUUGUAGACACAUUUUUGAUAAUUGGAAGAAAAGCAGCCAUGAUAUGACGCUACAAAGACUCUUCUGGCGAAUAGCAAGGAGUUAUACAGCUGGAGAUUAUAAAAUGUGGAGUGAGAGGCUGAAAGAGUACAAUCCAGGCGCCUAUGCUACUCUUCAAGUCACCAAACCAGAAACUUGGUCCAGAGCAUACUUCAAAUUAGAGACCUUGUGCAACGAUAAUCUGAAUAAUCUAAGUGAGUCCUUCAACAGAACCAUCCGUGAAGCAAGAAGAAAGCCAUUUAUUGGAGAUGCUAGAGGAUAUAAGGAGACAGUGUAUGGUUCAAAAUGCGAGAAGGGCUUUAAUAUCUAA